GCUGCACUGCAGACAUGGCAGAGAAUCUGAAGAGACCUUUGGAAUGGAGGUUUUAUAGGACAAAAGGCACCCCUGGGGACUAAACUCUGUACAGUUGAGGCUGGGAAGCCCAGGGCAGAGCUGAAGACCCAGCAUGGACCCUACAGUCACUCUUCUGUUCUCCAUUGGGCUGUGUCUGCACUGGGUGAUGAGGGCACAGAUGACCACCCUCCCCAGACCCAGCCUCUGGGCUGUCCCCAGUCCUGUGGUCCCCAAGGGAGCAGAUGUGACCCUUAGGUGCCAGGGCCACCUGGGGAGUGACCGGUUCCAGCUGUGGAAGGAUGGAGAGCUCAGAGAAGAGAGAAAUGCAUCCUGGGAGCUGGCAGAGUUUGUGCUCAGGAAGGUGGAUGAUGUGAUAGAUGCGAGAAGCUACAGGUGCCGCUCUGGGCAGGGGCCCUGGUGGUCAGAGCUCAGUGAACCCCUGGCCCUGGUGGUGACAGAAGUCUUUCGCAAACCCUCCAUUGGAGCCUCAUCUGGCCAUAUGACACCAGGAACCACAGCGACCAUUUGGUGCUCAAAACAGGGAUCCUCUCAGGACUACAUGUUUGCUCUGUUGGAGGCCAAGAGCCUGCAGGUCUUACAGCACCAGAAGGCUACAGGGACCCGGGCUGAUUUCUCACUUCCAUCUGUGAGAGCCGAGGACACCGGGAGCUACAGCUGUAUUUACUAUAGGAAGACAGCCCCCCACAGGGGCUCACAUCCCAGCCAUGCCCUGGAGCUGACUGUGUCUGGACCACUCCCCAAGCCCACUCUCUGGGCCCAACCUGGCCUUGUGGUGAAUACAGGGACCAACCUCACCCUGUGGUGCUCACGGCCCAAGCUGCCUUCCCUUGAAGAGGUGACUUUCACUCUGUCCAAGGCUGGGACUCGGGAGCCCUUAAGGCAGCAGAGCUCAGCAGAUUCCUGGGCUAGCUUCCUCCUCCCUUCUGUGAGUCCCCAGGACACUGGGAGCUACAGCUGUGCUUACAGGGAGGGGAGAGCCCCUGCUAGAGGAUCAGAGCCCAGUGAGGCCCUGGAGCUGAUGGUGCCAGGCUCUCUGCCCAAGCCUUCCCUCUCAGCCCUCCCAGGCCUUGUGGUGGAGCCCGGGACCCAUGUGACUCUCCAGUGCCGGCAGCCCCCUCCGUCAUCCCUCUGGAGAGUGACCUUCACUCUGCUGAAAGGGGGAACCUUUCAGCCCUUGCAGAGCCAGAGCCCAGCUGGAUGCUGGAAACUACAGCUGUGUCUACUAUAG